UCUACGAAAGGCUUCACUUGCUCUGUAACAAUACCUAAAUACAGUUUAAAUAUGGGUUGUUAAUUCAAUACCUACAAAACAAAAUACAAAUACAAGGCCCGUACAAGGGUUUUCAUAAUACAGAUUGAUAGAUAGACUCCUUAUACACAAGUUAUCUUUGCCAACUAUGCCUAAGCCAAGGCUAUAAGAAUUUUGUAUAAGCAGGUUUUGUUUGUAGAAGUAGUGAUUUGACUUCACCAAAUCAGUGCGCCUGCUGUCCCCAGUUAAGAAUGCCGACACCAUCGGUGCUUGAAGCCUCUGCUGACCCUGAGGUAGACCUGCAGCAUCUGGCUGAGCUCUGCAGGCUGCAUGCAGAACACCAGGAGGACAAUAAACGCAUGCAGGCAUCCGUCCGUAAGCUGAACCACCGUCUGGAGCAGCUGCAGCGCGAGUCAUCGGCGCUGCAGUCGGAGCAGGCGCGCAGCGUGCUCACCCGCAGUCAGCUGGAGGCGCUCUGCCGGCAGCUGCAGGCGCAAAACCGCGCCAUCAAGGAGGAGGGUGUGGUUCGGGCACGCGAGGAGUGCGAGAAGCGCCGGACGGCCUCGGUGCAGUUCCAGAGCACGCUCUCUGAGAUAGCGGGGGCCGUGGCUGACGGGUCUCAGAAGAACGCCCGGCUCACGGAGGAGAACGCCAGCAUCGCUCGUCAGCUGUCCGAGCUCUGCCAGAAGUACGAGCAGAAGAACAAGGAGGCGGCGGCACUGAUGGAGCAGCGUGACGUCCAGACCCGCCAGUCUGUGGCUCAGCUUGCUCAAGCCCACCUCGAAAUGAAACACCAACGGAGCCAACUCACUGAAGAGAAACAACAGCUCCUAGAGGCGGUGGGUGCUCAGAAAGCGCAGUACAAGGCGCUCCAGGCCGCAGACUCGCGACUCAGGGCCCAGUUAGAAACGUACUCGACUCGGUUCGACAAGAUUCAGCGGGAGCUGGCCUCCUCGAACGGGACGUUCGACUCGUACAAGUCUGAAAUGGCGCGGAUGCAGGAGACCAUCUCCUGGUUAGAGGGCGAGUCGGCCAGCUGGAGACAGAAGUGUGCCGCCAAUAACCAGGCGCUGCUGCGGAUGGCGCAGCACAAGCAGACAUCCGAUGUGGUGCUGGCCACUCAGCGGCGGCGGCUGGAGACGCUGCAGCGGCUGCACACCGCCCUGGAGAGCCGCGCAGGUCCCAAGAUAUCUGAAGCGGUUAGAUUGGAGACAGCGACCUCCUCUGCCGCGCAGUAUGCAGUAGGUUCAGUUACUCAGCCUUCAGUAAACGGUGGAACACAGUCUACAGUAGACGUCACCUCUGAGUCUGUGGCAGAGAACGGCACCCACGCUACGACGGACUCCAGCCGACUGACACGGGCACCAGAGGUUUCUGACGUACGGACUCCUGACUCCGACACAACAGGUACUGCUGCGGAUACGUCCGCACAGGCUACGUCGGACUCCGACACGAAUGGUGCAUCGGAUUCCAACGCAAAGGCUACUACAGUGGACACCUCCGCAGAGGCUACAACUGACACACCCUCCACAGAGGCAGCAGCCGACUCUUCCGCAAAGGCUACAUCGUACUUCUCCAUAAGAGCAGCAGCGGACUCAUCCUCAAAGGCUACUUCGGACUCCGCUGUAAAGACUCCAGCUGAUUCCGCCACAGAGGCUGUGCCUGACUCCACAGUCGGCCCUGUCGUGCUGUGUCCAGCGCGCUCCGUCGCCGAGUCGGCCGAGGUGUGCUAGGAGCCGGCCGGGGUGUGCUAGGAGUCGGCCGAGGUGUGCUAGGAGCCGGCCGGGGUGUGCUAGGAGCCGGCCGGGGUGUGCUAGGAGUCGGCCGGGGUGUGCUAGGAGUCGGCCGGGGUGUGCUAGGAGUCGGCCGGGGUGUGCUAGGAGUCGGCCGAGGUGUGCUAGGAGGCGGUCGAGGUGUGCUAGAUCCCGGCAAUGGAUCCUGCUGAUUGCGGGUAGCCUCUCUCAAACCAUGUCUCGGGGCUUGGCCGCGGCGGCACACCAACUGGUUACCACAGCUAGUGGUCGCAUCGUCCUUCCCUUUCCUACCAUCUCAUGGCUCGGAAAUGGUCGUGCCAUACUGGGAAGUACCCAUAAAAAAACAGAACAAACUAACAAUCAAACUCUCACCUUCACCAGUGAUGAGCCGAACCCAAAACCCUAGUAACUAGUGCCAGACGUUGACCUGACCAUGUACAAAGUGUGCUGUGAUUAUCCCCCACUUGCCUGUUGGAUUGCUGUGACCCUGCCAUUUUUUCACCAACUACUGGGCUUUGAUUGCCACUUUUGCCAGUAAGUGUGCGGUGACCGCCCCUUUUUACCUGUGUGCUGUGAACUCCCCUUUUUACCUGUUAGUGUACUGUGAACCGUUUCACAGUAGGCUCCUUUGUGAGAUUUCUGUACUCAGUGCUGAUAGCAGCUGUGCGUCAAUCUGUCCUGACGCGUCUCAUGCCGCUCCCGUGGGGCGAGGUCCCGACCGGCUGUCCCCGUGGCUCGAUGAUCGAUAUACGCUUACAGAGACCCCGGAGUGGUGCCAUUGAACUCGGAACGUAGCCAAAUACAGUUCAGUUGUCUUUCUCUA